AGCAAACGAUUCCUCCGUUUCUCUUCCUGCAGACGUUCGAUCAUCUUUGUCAUCCCCAGACAGGGACACCUAGCAAUGGCGAGUAGCCUCAGGAUGGCCUUUAUCGCCAUCGCUCUCGCAGCCACCACGCUCCUCUUCGCCACCCCACGAGCUCAAGCAUGGGAUGCGGACAUGGUGCCGGUGGGGGCGCCUGAGCACGCGCUGACGGCGAUCCCGGGCGGCGGCGCGGGGACGUUGGCAGCGGGAGCGCCAGCGUGCCUCCAGUGCCGGUGCUGCUCCAAGUCGAACCCGGGCAGCUGCCAGAUCACGAGCUGCUGCUCCACCUUCAACUGCGAUCCCAGCGGCAAGUGCAACCUCGUGCAACAAAAGUGCGGCUGCAACGGCUGCUAAUCGGCCAGUCAUCACCGUGCUAGCUGCCUCCAUGUCAAAUUUCUCUGUGGAGCCGCCAAGUGUUUUCUUUGUUCCAUUUUGUUUUUCUUAGGAAAAUUCCCAUAUAUUUUGUGUACUGCCAAAUGGGAUUGUUCCAUCGUACUUUUCGCGGGCCACAAAUGUGGCAGAGAUAUUACUAGGUUACUCGGCCUAUAUAGAGGCCGGCAAUGGUGUAAUGUGUUUGGAAGAAUUCCUACCAUUAUUUUCAAACU